UCUGUUCAAAAUGGAUCAAAUUCUCCGAGUAGUUCUUUUAUUUCAAUUAAGUGCAUUGAGUGUGUGUUACGCUACCGAAAUCAAAGACUGUUUCUUCAUGGAUUACAACCCUUACUACGUACAAUUGGUUUGUGGUGAAUUCGUUCAAAAGGAUUCCUGUUUUUCAUCAAAUUUUGUCCAUAGUAGUUAUAAUUACGUGCGACUGUUAAAAACUGGUAACUGUAGAGGGACUCGUUUGAAUGAAACUCUUCCUGAUAUUUUUCAAAAUCUACAAACCUACGAUAUUUCUUUUCAUGGGGUGGACGCAAUAACUUCUGAUGGUUUAAAGUUUGCAAAUCUUAGGAUAUUGAAUGCAUCACACAAUGAGCUACCCAAUCUACCUGGGUCGAUUUUUAUUCAAACUCCACAACUUUUCGAAGUUGAUUUUUCGUUCAACAACAUCAGCGAAAUAUCCACAGAUGGCUUCAAAGCAGCAUCAAAAUUGCGAACGAUCACACUGUCACACAACAAAUUAUCGACCUUAAAUUCAGAAGCAUUUGUGGGUCUUAAUGAACUGACCAAAGUGGAUUUAAGCAAUAAUUUGAUCGAUUCGAUCGAAAGAAAUACAUUUCAAAACAAUCAUAAGUUAGAAAUUUUGCAUUUGGAAAAUAAUCUAAUGAAUCGUGUCGAUUGCAAUGUAUUUUACCAGUUUGUCAGCUCAAUUGCGAUGUUUGUUUCUUGGGCAAAUAUUGAUGAGCUUGACGCAAAUUGCAUGAGAGGACGAAGUUCACUCGAAAUUGAGUUCAACAGUGACAAAGUUAUUUUUCGUGCCAUGCAAAGACGCAGUUACCUUUAUCCGCUGCCAGUAAUAAUGGGAAUCAACGGCUACUUUCCACUCAUAAAUCAGUUCAAUAUCUCAGGCAAUCGAGUUCAGAGCGUAGAAGAAGUAAUCGAGAAAUUGGGAACAUCAAUCCUCAAUUUAGACGCAUCGCAGAACUUCUUCACGAACAAUUUAUUAAAUGGUAAUAUCUUUCGAAAAUUGAUCAAUUUGAGACAGUUGAACUUGAGCCACACGCAGGUAUCAAUGCUUAAUUAUGAUACAUUUUCGAAUUUGGAUGAAUUGGUGAAUUUGGAUUUAAGCGGAAAUACGAUCAGAAACCUCGAUGAACAUUUGUUUAGGAAUAAUUUGAAAUUGAAAAUUUUAUACAUUGAAAAUAACCCAUUGACACGUGUCGAUUGUAAUAUUUUAUGGCCGUUGAAAAAUUCAGUUCUAGUGCGUCUUACGUGGGACGCUGUGCAGGAGCUCGACACAAGCUGCUUGAGGAAUUCACUUCGCAUUGAUGUGGAUGGACAAAAUGAAAUUAGCUUCCGUGUGAUAGGAAGCAAUGCUGAUUUAAAUUGUACUAAAAAACAUUUCAGAGCUCUGAAAAGUAUAAGACUCUCAGGAAAUCACCUUCGAAAUACUCCGCAGGUGAUUGAAGAGUUGGGAUCAACCAUUGAAAGUUUGGACAUUUCUUCGAAUUUCGUGGGUGAAUUGAAUGGUACCGUUUUCGGGAAGCUAAAACAAUUACAUCACCUCAACCUAAGCAGUACUCAACUCUCGAACUUUGGUUUCAGUACAUUUUACCAUCAAAAUCAGCUUAAGUCACUUGACAUUUCUUUCAACCACAUAGUGAAAGUCGAUUUCACGCUGUUAUUUCGGAAUUUCAAAAACUUGGAAACACUGAGUUUAGAAGGCAAUGAUUUGACCAACAUUGACAGUGUCACUCGCACACAUUUCCCAAAACUGAUUUCACUGGGCAUUUCAAGAAACCAGUUUUCUUGCUAUUACCUAGCGAAAUUUUUAUUACCAUGGCAAAACCUGCACCUUUUUCAUAACCCAUCCAAUGGCACGCAUAUCGAUGGAGUUGAUUGUGUACAUGACGAUAAAGCUGAGGUAAUAAGUAGCUCAACUGAACAGGUGAAGUCAGUAGUAAUGCCAAGUUCACGUGAAACAUCAACAAACACACAAGCUAGCUUGGAUACGGAUUCAUCAGCUGGGAAUAAGAUGAAUCUUGUCAAAGCAAGUUCUGUGGAUGAUUCACCGAAUUACGUUUUGCAAGAGCUAUGUGCAUUAAAAUAUCUAAUCAUUAUAGUUUGCUGUGGAUAUUUGGUAGUGAAGUGUAAACUUGUUCAACGCAUCAAACGAAAAAUGGAAAGAAAUUCAAUGGAAAGUGCGGUUGCUUUUCGACACGGCCAGGAAGAUUUUUAUGUUUUGAAUGCUGUACAGCAAUCAGUCAACUAUGAUGUAUCAUUUCAUCAAGUCGAAACUAUAACCUCCGAAGAGCUGAAUUUCAAACGAUUGCAAUGUAUCAAUGCAUCGCAUAAUCAAUUGAUCAUUAUCAAAGGAUCGAUUUUCAUUCAUACUCACCAAAUAGUUGAACUUGAUUUUUCCUUCAACAAAAUCAGUGCAAUUUCGUCGGAUGACUUCGAGGGAGCCUACGAUUUAACAACGAUCAUAUUGUCACACAACAACCUCACUACAAUGGAAGUAGGAACAUUCGCGAGUCUUGGUCAACUGAUGACAUUGGACUUAAGUCAUAAUUUGAUUCAAACGAUCGAAAAUGAGAUGUUUCAAGAAAAUUUACAGUUGCAUACAUUGCGUUUAGAAAAUAAUCCGAUGAAACGAAUUGACUGUAAUAUUUUUUAUCGUGACACUAUUGGAUUAGAUCCAAAUUCGAUUCCAAUUUCGGUACAUAUUUCAUUGGGCAAUAUUAAAGAACUUAAUGCAAAUUGCAUGAACCCCUCCUCAAGUAAUACACUUGCUAUCAGUUUUGAUGAGGAUAUUAUCACCUUUCAUCAAUACAAUUUACCACUACAUCCUAACUUCAAUGGAGAGCUUUUGCAGUCAACGCGUUGGUGGAAUAGGAUGGAAAGAUCGGUAUUAUAUGCGCCAAACAUAACAUAUCUUAACAUAUCGGGCAAUGAGAUACAAAACACAAAUCAAGUAACCGCACAAUUGAACGAAAGAAUAGAAGUGCUGGACGUCUCUCACAAUGGGUUCGAAUCAAAUUAUCUGUAUGAUAAUACAUUUCAAACGUUACCCAACUUAAAUAAUUUGAAUCUAAGCGACACCGAUAUAUCUUACAUAAGUGACGAUACAUUUACUAGCCUGAAUAACUUGAGGAUAUUAGAUUUAAGUGGAAAUUCCAUCAAAGUGCUCGAUGCAUACUUACCCCAAUGGCACAAAGCGAAUACGGAGCUUAUUGUGCACCCAACAAACCAAACAAACAUCGAUGGCAUCGAGUGCUCUCACGAUCAACAUGUCAGCUCUGAACAUACUACAACGGAAGCUGCAGACAAAGAAAAAGUAUGGACGUAG